GCGAAGAAUGAAUAAAACUGGACUAAAGACGUGCGCCGAUGUGCGCAUGACCGGGACGGGUGUAUCUUGUUGUGACGUUGCUAGCUACGAUUCCAGGGUCUGUGGUUGCUAGCAAUACAUUCAACCUUUGAUUUGUAAAAUGGCCGAGGUGGAAGAAACGCUGAAGAGAAUCCAGACUCAGAAAGGUGUACAGGGAAUUAUUAUCGUAAAUGCAGAAGGAAUCCCUGUGAAGACGACCCUGGACAACUCCAGCACGGUGCAGUACGCCGGGCUUAUUCACCAGCUCGUGAUGAAAGCGCGGAGCACCGUGAGGGACAUUGACCCUCAGAAUGACCUCACCUUCCUCAGGAUCCGCUCCAAGAAGAACGAGAUCAUGAUCGCUCCAGAUAAGGACUACUUCCUCAUUGUCAUUCAGAACCCCACAGACUAAGAAGAUGUUUUUUUUGUAUUUAUUUUGCUUCAAGUAUUUUAUUUAACGGCCAAAUUGUGGGUGAACACAAUGUACAAAGUGUUACACAAAGCACCGUAACAGAGUUGCAAGGAAAGAAUUGAAGCUCUUCAUGGUGAAACUGCAGAUGGUGGCAAUGUCAGGUCCAAAAACGAAUAAAAGCAUGAAGCCACCAUACAUAACGCUGAUCAUUCCAGUGCCACCUCUGAUUUGAUGCAGGCCAGGUGGAAGAAAGGUGGGUCUUCACCUGUAUUGUGGAUUAAUAGUUAUGUGCAUUUAGUUACUUGAACAAGUCUGAGUUUGUCAAAGAGACAGUCUCCCUGAAAAAACUCUAAUAAAUGUGUUCUUAUCCUUA